AUGGUGCAAGAACAAGACAUCGAUGGGGAUACGCUCCUGGAGCUGGACCACCCAGACUCCCCCCUCUGCAUUACACCUGAUGCAAAGGAGUAUGCAUACUACGUUUUCGACGAUCUCAAGCAUGAACGUAACCGAAGCUCCGAGGAUGCUGUGAGACGAGAGUGUGCUUGGUGGCAAGAAGCUGCCCUGGUGGAUUCAUAUCCAAGUCUCAAAACGAAAACCACGAUGCUAGUUUCAAUGGACAAGCUUCGAUCGGCUACGAAAUAUUUUGAACGUCAAUUCUCUCGUCGCGUACCGAUUCUGGACGUUAGCAUCGAAUGGGAAAGCGGCCUGGGAGGUACGAGGAGGAUGUUGAACGUCGUCUCGGCCUGUGGAUGGGAUGAGAGAGCCAUGAUUAUUCUCAUGAUGGCUAUACAUACCGAAGAUGGCAUUUCUUUCCAAGAUUUGAGCAGACUACCACCAUCUCCAAAUGACCUUCACACAGAUUUUGAACUAGCUCUGAUGCUAGAGUAUUAUGGAUGCCAUGAGAAGUUGAGGAGAAUGAUCCGCCCCCUUACCUUGGCCUUGGGGAGGAAACGCCCCAGCAAUGUGGAAAUGUCUCAUUCCCUUAGGAAAUAUGCGACAAUUGCUUGCGUUUUCAAGGACGUGGAUCUGGUCCGGAAGGUGUUUUCCACACUCGUCCACGAUAGCAAUUGCCCUUUCGAUCCGUACAACCUGCCGAUUAGCACCAACUUGCUCGGAAGAAUUGAGAAAAUUGCGGGAUAA